AUGUGCUCCACAAACCCAGGCAACUGGGUGACGUUUGAUGAUGACGCCACUCUCCAGCCUUCUCCAAAUGCCAAGAGCUUCCCCCUGGAGAGCCAAGGCGUCUGCAGACGUAAAGGACUCAAGCUCAACCUUCCCGGCCUCAGGGAAUUUUCCAGCAGCUCUUCCUCCACCAGCAAUACCCCUCUGCCCUCACCCAUCAUAGACUUUUACUUCAGCCCUGGACCUCCGAGCAACUCCCCUCUUUCCACGCCCAUCAAAGACUUUCCAGGUUUCCCUGGACUCCCCAAGCCCGGGGCGCACGUGCUGUAUCCUCAUCCAGAGUCGUCUUCAAGCAGUCCCGUGACCACACCAGGAGCAGAGGCCUCCUCACCUGCUAAGCCAGCCUGCUUCCCCCACCCUUCCUCGCCCGGUGAUCACGCCUGUGCGCGUCCAGCUCCCACAGUUCUUCUUCCGGAUGACAGUAGCCCUCAGCGGCCUACGAGCCUUCCGUUCCAAAGCCCCGCUCCCCAGUUUCAGUAUUUCCAGGAUGACUGUGCCUUUUCAAGUCCCUUCUGGAAGGAUGGAGGGGGUGCUUCCCACUCAACCCUUGAUUCUUCAGGAAGCAGAAAGACUCUCUCAUCGAGAGACAAGGAGAUGCCCGUUGACCAGAAAAGCCUUAAUCAGUGCUCCCUUAGCUACAUCUGCGAGAAGCUAGAACACCUCCAGUCAGCAGAGCAGCAGGACGCCCUGGGACAGGUGUCAAUGCGGUGUCUCGAUCCCAAAGACAGCGGCCCUUCCUUUGUGCCCCAGACGCUCUUCAGAAGCCAACCCAAAGCUGGAUGGUCCCUCCUGCUGAGGAUCCCCGAGAAGAAGAACAUGAUGUCGUCCCGCCAGUGGGGCCCCAUCUUUCUGAAGGUCUUACCUGGGGGAAUCUUGCAGAUGUAUUACGAGCAGGGCCUGGAGAAACCUUUUAAAGAGUUUCAGCUGGAUCCACAUUGCAGGCUCUCCGAACCCAAAGUGGAAAACUUCAGCGUGGCCGGGAAAAUCCAUACUGUCAAGAUCGAGCACGUGUCCUACACGGAGAAGAAGAAGUACCAUUCCAAGACGGAGGGCCUUCACGAACCAGACGCCGAGCAGAUGCUCAAGUUGGGGUCCACCGACUACCACGAAUUCCUCAGCUUCCUGACGACCGUGGAGGAGGCGUUGAUACACCUGCCGGCCGCCGCCAAGCCCAAGAGGAACUACGAGGAGCAGGAAAUCUCCCUGGAAAUUCUUGACACCUUCUGGGGUCAAGUCACCAAAGAGGGCAGGUUGGUGGCCAGUGCGGUGAUCACACAGGUCUCCUGCCUCUGCUUUGUGAACGGGGGCGCCGAGUGCUUCUUAACCUUGAAUGACCUUGAGCUUCAGAAGCGAGACGACCGCUAUUUUGAGAAGGACCCGGAUAAGAAGGGGAUCGACAUCCUCGACUACCAUUUCCACAAGUGUGUGAAGGCUCAAGAGUUUGAGCAGUCGAGGGUCAUCAAGUUCGCACCUCUGGACGCCUGCCGCUUCGAGCUGAUGCGGUUUAAGACCCUGUACCACGGAGAAGACCUUCCCUUUUCUGUGAAGUCUGUGGUCGUUGUCCAGGGAGCUUACGUGGAGCUUCAGUCCUUUGUCAACAUGGCCCCCACGGCUCAGAAAGCAUGCCAGGCUGGCUCCUUGAGGUCGUGUGACAACAUCGCAAUCCACUUCCCUGUCCCCUCGCAGUGGAUCAAGGCCCUCUGGACCAUGAACCUCCAGAGGCAGAAGUCUCUGAAAGCCAAGAUGAACCGCCGGGCGUGCCUGGGGAGCCUGCAGGAACCCGAGUCGGAACCCGUCAUCCAGGUCACCGUAGGGACCGCCAAGUAUGACAGUGCCUACCAGGCUGUGGUGUGGAAGAUAGAGCGGCUUCCUGAUAAAAAUUCAAGUUCAGAUCAUCCCCAUUGUCUGUCAUACAAGCUAGAGCUGGGAUCAGACCAAGAAAUUCCCUCUGAUUGGUACCCUUUUGCUACCGUCCAGUUUGCUACGCUUGACACCUGUGCCUCACGGACAGAGGUCAAGUCUUUGGGCGUGGAGAGUGAUGUCCAGCCUCAGAAGCAUAUCCACCAGCGAGCUUGCUACAAUAUCCAGGUUGAAAUAGAAAAGAAAUGGAUUAAGAUCGAUGGCGAAGACCCGGAGAAAGCCGGUGACUGCAGGACUCAGUGA